AUGCCUAGUCCGGCAGGUAAUCGGGUUCAUCUAUGUUUUGUAUUUUUAUUGAAAAAGGGUUCAGAGCCGUUGCCUGAUGAGCCAACCUACCCAUGUAAUGUUUGUGGUCGGAGGUUCAUCAGAUCCAGUCUGGUGGGUUUUUCUUUGUUUUGUAUCCGGAAAUUGUAGCGAGAAGCGAGACGAGAAUAAAAAUCCCGAUUCAAGCUAUAAAUUUGCCUCUUUUCAAUUUUUUUCUGCUACAUAGAGUGUCUGAAUUUUCCUAAAUUUUUGAACCUACUUAAAUAUGAAUUUCGUGCACAGAACUACUCGCUAUAAUUUUGAAAGAAUUCUUCAGUUGAUUCUGGAAGAAUUUCGAAAUCCACCAUGUUUUAAAGGUAUUACAUUCGCCUCCAUCUGAAUUGUCUCCUAAAACUCCAAAGUGGUCCCUAUAGGGGCAACCUUAGGCGCCCCUAGAGGGUCCCCUCCAGGGACCACUUAACCAACCCCUAUAGGGGUUCCUGAAGCUCGCAAAAGUGGUCCCUAUAGGGAACAUGCCAAUCGAUAAUGGUUAUGAACUCUAAGCGAAGAAGCAUUCCCAUGGAAAAAACUGAAUAAAUUGGAAUUUUUCGAAUAAACUGAAAGAUCCUUUUAGUGUCCACUUGAGAUUUAAAGGAUAAGGGGCCAGACUGUAACCCUUUUAGGGACAACCUCAAUUUCACCACUAUAGAGACCACUUUUUCAGAUCCUAACCCCCAUAGGGACCACUAAGGAAUCCCCAAGAUUGCACUGAGAAUAGUAUGUAUAUAAUUUUGAAGGGUAUUUCUCGUCAUACUGUAUGGAAUUCAGGACAAGCACAUACCAGCAUGCAAGAAAUUGGCUUCCUUGAACCGAAAGCCUUUCGAUUCGGGAAAACAACGCGCCAUGGGCAGCGAUAUCACUUAUGCCGACGUCAAAAAAGCCCAGAAGGAAAAAGCCAAAGUGACCGCUUUCUACUAUUUUCCUCCAAUUUGAAAGCUUUUUCAGAUGGGCGGUGUGUUUCCAAGACCUCAGACCAACUGGAGAGAACGUCAUGAAACUUUCAUCGACGCGGUUUCGUCAUCGAAAAAAGUUGACUACGCGAUUAAAACUGGAGCUCCCUUGCCGCCGCCACCACGAACCGCCGUUCCGAGUGGUUAGUUGUCGAAAAACAGUCAAGACUGAAAAAAAAGUGUAAUAGAAAGGAAAAAUUGAACUUUUUGUGGUUCAGAGAUAUAAUCUACUCACAAUAAACUGCAAAUUUGCUUUUCAAACGUUUUCUUGAUUGGAAACUUUACCAUAAUUAAUAUUGAUGUCCUCUACGCAUGAGUUUUGCUUCUGAAUCACUGACUAUUUUUUUUUUCGAAAGCUCAAAAACUUUCAAAUUUUGUUUUCAAGACAUUUUGAAAAACGAAGACUCUCAAAAAAAAAACCUUGCAUUUUCCAUUUUUUUUUCUCUAUAACUGUCAUCACUUCAAAUGCAUGACCUUAGUAGUAAUAUAGUGGCUUACAAAUUCAAGAAAAAAUAUGUUUUCUAGAAUAUGUUCAAAUUUGAAAUGUAGACGUGUUUUCACUAAACUUCUAGAAUCGUGGUGAUGAUUUUACUUUGGUUUCUAUACAUGUUUCAUGGAGAGUAAUUCGAUAAUAAGCCAACAAUUCUCGGAGUUUUUUGAAAACGAAAAAAAAUCAAUCGCCGUCUCUCGGGACAGUCUGUCGUCUCUGUGCUCUCUUUUCCCUCACUGACUAUGAGAGGAUGAAAAAUGUGCAGGAAAGCGGAUAGUUGACCCAUAUGAGUUUUUGAAAAAGACCAAAACAAAAAUUUUCCUUUUCUUGAGUAUUAUGAAACUGUUUUUUAAACGUUUUUAGAAAAAAACCGCUUCUCUCAAUAUUGUGAAAAGAAACGUAGAAUAGUCCUGUAGUUAUGAAAAGUCCGUAGCGUGGGCAUUUUCAGAUUACCCCAUACCAAAAUGGGCGGCAGGAAAUGAAAAUGAAAACGCUCAAGAAACAAGUGAUCCGAGCGAAGAAGUGUCCUUGCCGAUGCCUGCUGGUGUCUGUACCACGUGUUGUCCGAUCAACUGCGUCUUGCUAUAGCUUCUUCUUUUUCCUGUGUUUUGUUCUUUCCGCUCUAAUCUGAGCAACAACUUUAUGAUUUAAAGUUUUUUUGAACAAAAAGGUUUCCAUUAGAAAAAAAGCUCUACAAUUUUGUGUUUGUGAGAAAUUAGAGAGCUUUGAAGAUAGCAGGAAUCUUUUUUUAGUGAGUUAUAAGCCCAGCCAAAAUACGGAAGCCAAAAAGUUCAUGAAAAAAAUCAAUCAAUCCACAGGUAUACUUGUGAUUCAAACGUACGGAGUCAUUAUCUAUACAGAAAAAUGCAUUUAUUUUUAUUCUUUCACUUUUGAAUUUCAAUGAUGAAAGUAGGCUUUAUGAUAUGUAAAAUUGUUAUUUUGCUCGAUAUAUAAUAAAUAUUUAGUUUGUACGUUUGAAACUAAAAAACAUACAAAUGGGUCACGAAAUGUUGUGUAGCUUAAAAAAUCUAAGCUUGAUAAGUCUGGUCAUCUUCGAAUUUGAAAUAACCCAACAAACGGAAAUUUUCCCAUUGAAAGCCGACAAUACAUUGAUUAUGAGUUUUUUUCAAACCUUGACUCGAAAAAAAUCCUUUUUUCAUCAUUUCGAAGUUAAGACGAAGAAAUGAAACUUGUAUGAAGAUCUGAACAUCAAAAAAACAUCCAUAGAAAAAAAUGUAUUUUUUUCAAAAAGUACAGACUACGUGCAAUGUGAAUACUGUGGACGAAACUUCAAUGGAGCCGCCGCUGAGAGACACAUUCCCUUCUGCAGGUGACUUUCCUGAGAUCAUUAGAAAUUUUUUCUGAUGAAUUUUAAGAGAUCAGAACAGUAGAAGAGGUGGGAUUGCAAAGACGCCGCUUCCUUCAAAACCAGUCUCCGGAUCAUAUCGAGGACUACCCAGCAAACAUGAAGUCUGUCUCAGGAAAAAUUUAAUGAUAUUGAUUUUUUUUAGACUCGAACACAAACUUCGCAGAGAAGCCGUCACGAUGUGA